AUGUUUUAUCUCGUCGUGGCUGUUGUUUUCCUCCUAUUCAUCAUUACUUGGGGCAGCUACAGAGUUGUGGCUGGUUACGUGGUUCCUCCCGCACAUUUUCCAAAAAAUGUGCCAACAAUUCCAUUUUAUUACACGCUCCUCCCACUCCUCAAAGAGGUGGACCAAGAGGGGCUUUGGCACAAAUACCUGAAGAAGCCCCUUACCGAACACGGUGCUGUCAAAAUAUACUUCGGGGGGGCAUGGAAUGUUCUUAUUACUCGCCCGACCUACAUCGCGCAAGUUUUUAAACAGGACGAUGUCUUUCUGAAGGCCGGCAACCAUGUCAAGAACCCACAUUCAGUCUUGGCUUUAUAUACAGGAGAGAAUAUCAUCAGUUCUAUCGGCGAGAAUUGGAAAAGAUUUUCAUACAUUGUCAAACCCGGGCUUCAAGCCGACGUGGAUACAACCAUUAUCGUCAAGAAUGCCGAAAAACUAAUAAAAUUGUUGCUCGAUGAGCAGGCACGGAAAGGGGCAGUGAUCAUGUCGAGUCCCCUUCAACAGUACACGCUGGCAAACCUUAGCGAAGCUUUACUUGGAUCUAGCUUCAACACUAUUGGAAACCCAGAAGCCCCUAUGACGAAACUCCAAACUGAGAUUAAGCCGCAUAUUUUCAAUCCCUUCUACCUUAACUUCCCAAUGCUAGAUCACUUCAAGAUCGCGAGUCGUGAAGAAGCUCGUCGUUUGGUGAGAAAGUUUAAAGCAGAGCUUGCAAACAUUGUUCUUUCAGGCCACCAUCACAAACACCCGGAAGGAAUGGACUCUAGUCAUUUGGGUUGCAGGCUGGUUACCGCGUAUGAGACUGGAAUUUUAAACCGUUACCACUUUGAACAGAAUUGCGUCUCUACGUUCCUGGCUGGCCACGAAAAUCCUCAAAUUCUGCUUCUGUCCAUGAUGAGAAUGCUUGCAGAACACCAGGACCUGCAAGUACAACUACGACAAAAAAUCCUCGAUCUUUCACCCGAAGACCAGCUUAGUGCCUCCGCUCUCGCUAAUUUGCCCCUUCUAACUUCGGUCAUCUACGAAACACUACGCUUGUAUCCCCCCAUCUCCCAGCUGCUCAAUCGACGCACAACCGAAGAUGUUCUUCUUGGUGACAACAUUCUCCUCCAAGCUGGCACCUACGUCGGAUACAAUGGCUACACCACAAACAGAGAUAAGGAAUUUUGGGGCCCAGAUGCAGAGGAAUUUCGCCCAUCACGGUGGGGUGAGACAAUAGAAGACAUCAACUCGUUGUUUCGAAGAGCAAGCAGCAAAUCGACAUUUAUUAGCUUUCACGGUGGCAAGAGGACAUGUCUCGGCAUCAAAUUCGCAAUGACAGGAGCUCGUCUCUCAAUGUCGAUGUUUCUGCGGAAUUUGGAAUGGCAACUCGAUCCAACUUGGCCUAAGAAAAUGACACCGGCGGGUCCGCUGAUGCCCAAGAUGUUGAGGUUGCAGUUUAAGAAACUGGAGGCCAUGGAAAGCUGA